AUGUACAUCACUCACAGAUGCGUCGAUUUUGAAGAUGUACAACAACGUGUUGUUGUACCAGGAGCAUGGAGGACACAACUGCGUACAGCUAUGGGAAGCCUACCACCUGCGCGUCAUAGUAACCAUGCCUCUCGAAAGGCAGAAGCAAUAAGAAACGCUUAUGCACAACUUUUUGAAACUACAGAAGCGGUACCAUGGCAAGACCAUAUGAUAUAA